AUGCUCCUCGUUCGCACUGGCGUCCACCAAACUUUAGCUCGACAUGCACAACUUCCUCUUCCGCGGUUAAUGCAGACCGCGCCAAGUGCAUCCUCACGAUCUCUCCCUGAACCACCGGACUUUUCUCAAUUGACGACAGAGAAACAGCAUGCAGCUGCAUCGAAAUGGGUUUCGGAAUUCACUGCACCCGAUGUGCAGGUAACGAAGGACCUUGUUGACAUCUCUUUCUCGAGGAGUUCUGGUCCCGGGGGACAGAAUGUGAACAAAGUUGACACAAAGGCGACAAUAAGAUGCUCGGUCAAUGCUUCAUGGAUCCCACGCUGGAGCCACCCCGCUCUCAUCCAGAACCCUCAUUACGUCGCCUCGUCGCAUUCUAUUCUUAUUACUUCAACUGUGCACCGCUCACAGUCCCAGAAUGUUGAAGAUUGUCUCGACAAGUUGCAUACCAUUGUCUUGGAGGCAGCAUCUAGUUUGGUCAAAAACCCUACUUCCCUAGAGCAGAAAAAAAAAGUUCAAGACCUUAUGAAGGCCGACAAAGUGCGCUGGAAGGAGGAGAAGAUGAAGAGGAGUUCUAUCAAGCAAGCAAGAAGUGCGAAACGCGACUUUGACGAUUGA